UAGCUCGGGGUGAACCAAGGAGUGGUGAACCAUCUUGUCGCUAUUUCAUCUUUGUUACGUCCAACAGCUGGGUGGAACUCCGACAAAACUUGCUUCUGUGACGUUUUCAAAAGAGAUGGAAGUUGGACUGUGAAAUAAUCCCGUCGUCGUAGUAAGAGUUUAUCAUCCACGGUGUGUCAUGGAUUUUAACGUCAAGCGGUUGGCUGCGGACGCUGGUACCUUUCUGAGUCGUGCCGUGCAAUUCACAGAGGAGAAGUUUGGCCAAGCUGAGAAGACUGAGCUGGAUGCCCAUUUGGAGAAUCUGUUGGUCAGAGCUGAGAACACCAAGCACUGGACAGAGAAGAUUAUGAAACAGACGGAGGUCUUAUUGCAGCCCAACCCGAAUGUCCGACUGGAAGAAUUUGUGUAUGAGAAACUGGAAAAAAAGGUCCCAACACGAAUGAACAACCAUGAACUGUUAGGCCAGUCCAUGAUCGAGUCAGGAAAUGAAUUUGGGCCCGGGACUGCUUAUGGAAAUGCUUUGAUCAAAUGCGGCGAGACCCAGAAGCAGAUUGGCGGGGCAGAGCGGGAGUUAAUUCAAAGUUCAGCCAUCAACUUCCUGACACCUUUCAGGAAUUUUUUGGAGGGUGACUUCAAAACCAUCCUGAAAGAGCGGAAGCUGCUGCAGGUCAAGCGCCUGGACCUGGACGCAGCCAAAACCAGACUGAAGAAGGCCCGCAUGGCUGAUGCUCGAGCUGCGGCAGAACAGGAGUUGAGGAUGACUCAGAGUGAGUUUGACCGGCAGGCUGAGAUCACCCGACUGCUGCUGGAAGGCGUCAGCAGCACCCAUGCACACCACCUCCGCUGCUUGAAUGACUUUGUGGAGGCUCAGACGACGUACUACGCACAAUGCUACCAGUACAUGGUGGAUCUGCAGAAGCAGCUGGGCAGUUUCCCUUCGUCAUUCUCCAACAACAACCAGUCGUCCGUGUCGGAGGGGGCCAGCAUCUCGGUGCCCACCAUACCGGUGUCGGCAUCCCUGCCCAGCCCGUCCAGCGUCCGCGGGGGCUCGGCGACGUCGGGUGGCUUCAGCGAAUUACGCACCUCCAGCGGUAGCCGCAAAGCAAGGGUGCUUUACGACUACGACGCCGCAAGUAGCAGCGAGCUUUCCCUGCUGGCUGAUGAGGUGAUCGCAGUCAGCAGUGUGCUGGGCAUGGAUUCAGACUGGCUGAUGGGCGAGCGAGGCAACCAAAAGGGCAAAGUGCCAAUCACCUACCUGGAGCUACUUAACUGAGACUCGCGCUGCCCCAUCAGGUGUGAUCCCUUGUCGCUCGGGGGGGAAUGCAGCUCUGUGCGACCGCCUUAUAUUUCACAAACUUGCCAUCCCGUUUUUGUAUUUUUGAUGUGACGUGCCAGAACAUCUCCCAGACUUGUCCAUACAUGUUUUUGUUUACAUUCUAAAUCAAUCUCAGAUGGUUGCCUUAAGGUUUUCUGCUAGCAGAAAUGAUAUUGGCUUACAUUUGGUUUGUUUUUUAUGCACUUCACCUUGAAUUGCAGAGUGAUGAUGAUCAUUUUAAGUUGUACUCGACCGGGUAACCUAAACAUGAAUAGGUUUGUACCAGUGUCAUCCAUACAUGCAACUUAAGUAGUUUAAAAAAAAAGUUGUGGUGACUGAUGACAUGAAAUCAGUAGUUUAUUUUGGUAAAUGAAAAAUCUGUAUUUUUUGGAAAUGUUUUGCACCAACACCAACAGUAUUGAGAUGGUCAUUCUUUCUCCCUUUUGUCAUAUUGAAUCCUGUUGUUUUAUGUUUUAAGUUAUUGCUCAUUAGAAACUUCAAUCCGACACCUUGGUAGGAAAUUAUCAACCAAAAGUUAUUACUUGGUGUGUUCUUGGCCAACGCUUAGCGAUUUAGAUUUCAUUAGUUUACCCUGCAUCAGAAUUGCAUCCCAAUGUCAAAAAUCAAAGUGCUGUCUUUACAGUGUGGGAGUAUAUCAAGACAGAGAUUGGUGAAAUGGAAACAUUAAAAGAAUGAAAUAAAACCACGUUAGAAGAUUGUAUUUAUACUAACACAUUGAGAUGUAUAAAAAAACUAACACUUUUUGUAUGCGUGACGCGAGCCAAAGCAGCCAGCAGGUGGCACAAGGGUACUGCACAACAAUCCCACAUUCACCAUAAAGCUGUGUCAACAUUGUGGCCAUACUUUGUGUGAAGAUUCCUUGGUGUUUUGUAUCCUGAACGUGAGCAAACAUUGAUGUGUGUGUUGCUGAAGCGUGUGCUUACAGGAGAAGUCUUGUGAGAAGAUGCGAGGCGGACUGUAGAUCCCUUCUUGUGUUUCAGCCUCCUAAUGUGCGCCCCCUUUGGAGCUUCAUGCAUUUCAUGCCCACAGCUGUGAGUACAAAAACACACACACACAGGCCCAGAAAAGCAUUGAAAACACUGACCCACUUUGAAAGACCUGUUUUAUUGGAGCCCAGAAAGCUCGGUGGCUG